UGUACUGUGGUCAGUCGCUGUUGUGCCUGGGAGACAGUACGUCCCGCUCGUCCUUUACUUUCCUGGGGUGAAGUAAGUAGUUUUUACAGGCGAAAACAACUACUGUCGGCUUGGCCGAACAAGAUUCAGCUCUGCGCCGUUAAUCACCAUUGAUGUCGCAGUUGUGGGAGUAAACCGAAGCCACGCCUCCUCGGCUGGCCAGUCCCGUAGCGAAAUCAAAGCUCCUGAUCCAACUCAGCCGUCGUCACACGGAGCAUGCCGCCUCGUCAGUGGCUACACUUUCCCCCUUGCUCUGGACCGACGAUGGAGGCAGGCGGCCACUUUGCGACUUUCAAAAGCAACGUGGAGCAAUAGGGGCUUUUCCACCAACCAGCCCAGCAACUUGUAAGUUCCUGGUAGCAAAAGGUUCCUGUGGCUGUGAUGUUUGUGUUUCCAUCACACUUAUUAGUUCAGGGUCGUUUGAGCAAAUGAGGCUGACGUUAGUCAAUACUGACACCUACUACAUCUAAAAUAUGCUGGUAUUUCAAGCUUUCAAGUUAAUGUCUUAUUUUAUAUCUUAAUCUAAAUUUCAAAUACUUGUGAUAUCUUUAAAACAUAAAACUUUAUCCAGGUGAGGCAAUUGAGAACUGAUUAUCAUUUGCAAUGCCAACCUUGCUCCAGACAGUCUUUGAGGUAGGGUUUUUUAUUAUAUACAGGUACAUUUCAAUAAAUUCGAAUAUAUUCUAUUUACUGAAGCCUUAAACAGUUCCAUUACAAAUUUGAGAACAAUAAAUCACAUUAUAGUCAUCUGCAGGCUUUAUAUUUAUUUAUCUACUUAUUCAAAAAGACAAGUUUCUCUAAGGUCUUGGAAUUCAGCUUUAGAGAACAUCUACUCACAUGCCUUUUAUACAUUUUUCACGCCGAUUUUCGUCGGGGCUUGGACCUCCGCUCCUGAGCGAGACUGGGUCGGCCAGCGGUGGACCUUUCCGCCGGGGCGGCGGCGGAUCUCACCAAUGAGCCCAUGGCAAACUUUGCCUCCGACCGACCAACCGCCGAGCCCGGCUUUGGUUGAUUGGCUGUUAGCCUUGUGUAACGCCGCAGAAUGGCGGCUCGGUGAAUGGAAAAAGUCAACGCCUAGAGAGGUCUGUCAACCAAUCAGCGUUCGUCAGCACAGCCCACCCCAUCAAAGAGUUUCUGGUAGCUUUCAGAAGACCUUUCCCGCCAAGAGGAGCGAAAUAAUCCAGGGGGAACUUUCCGUACCCUGGUAGUUUUUUUUCGGUGGGUACACAGGGGGAACUCAAGCUACCAGGGUACCUCGGGAAGUUCCUGCCAAGGUUCCUGCGGUAGGACUAGCCGAGGUGCAAGGAAUUUUGCAACCAAAAUGGGUGCAACAAGAACAAAGUGAGAGAAGAGAGUUCUGCAUCGAGGAUUAUAAUAAUUUCAGCACAGUACUGAGGCCAAUCAACCAACACAAAAAACACAAUCAGGGUCGAAUAGGCUACUAGAAGAACAACUUAAGAAACGACGAUAGCGGGCGGAGCCAGCAUGUGCAGGCACUUAACUCUUUCUUUCUGAGUGGGUUGGAGGGUGGUUGUAACCAUGCGUUGCCUGGCUGCUCGAGUCAAUUAUAAGACCCUCAUUGUCAUCUGCGCCCUUUUCACGCUCAUCACUGUGUUGCUGUGGAAUCGCUGCUCUCGUAACACCUCCCUACGCUUUUUGCCUCAAGCUGCUUUGGUGGCACCAAGUCCCAAGGAGGGGGAUGCUAGCUUGAGCAGCCCACAACACCCUCCACAACCUCCAGAACCCCCACCUGUUGUUGGUGGAAACAAGUAUGAGGAAAUUGACUGCCUGAUCAAUGAUGAAUCUACAGUCAAAGGCAGACGUGAGGGUGGAGAGAUCUAUAUGCCCUUCAGUUGGAUGGAAAAAUACUUUGACGUGUAUGGAAAAGUGGUGCAGUAUGAUGGCUAUGAUCGCUUUGAGUUUCAGCAUAGUUACUCAAAGGUUUACGCACAACGGGAGCCCUAUCACCCAAAUGGAGUCUUUAUGUCAUUUGAGGGCUACAAUGUGGAGGUCCGUGACCGAGUGAAGUGCAUAAGUGGAGUGGAAGGUGUGCCUCUGUCCACUCAGUGGGGUCCUCAGGGCUACUUCUAUGCCAUCCAGAUUGCCCAGUAUGGCUUGAGUCACUACAGCAAAAACCUGACAGAGCGGUCACCUCACCUGGUGGUCUAUGAUACAGCCGAGGAGAGAGAUAGCCGGGCCAGCACGGCAACAUGGAGUGUGCCAAAGGGCUGCACUCUCAGCCGUGUCAAGGACAAGAGCCGUGCUUCCUCAGUUCGCCAGUUCAGUGCACCAGAUUCUUCAGAGGCAGUGUCACUCCCUCUAGAUAACACCAAAGAGUUCAUCCUCAGCUUGGACAUCAAGUUCACCUCCAAUGGCAGCUUGUCUGUCAUCCUCGACACUACAGAGAAAGGCUCACCCUUCACCAUCCGCUAUGUUACCAACACGCAACUCAUUGCCUUCAAAGAUCGUGAAAUCACCUAUGGCAUCGGGCCACGCACCACCUGGAGCACUCUGACACGUGACCUCCUCACAGACCUAAGGAAAGGUGUUGGUUUAUCUAACACCAAGGCUGUGAAAGCCACUAAGAUCAUGCCCAAGCGAGUUGUACGAUUACUCUUGCAAGGACGGGGAUUUGUUGACAACAUCACUGUCUCCACCACUGCCCACAUGGCUCCCUUCUUUGCUGCCAGUGACUGGCUCAGGCGCAACCAGGACGAACAUGGCGGCUGGCCCAUCAUGGUCACACGUAAAUUGGGAGAGAGCUUCCGGCCACUGGACCCUGGCUGGUACUCUGCAAUGGCCCAAGGCCAGGCCAUGUCCACCCUUGUGAGAGCCUACCUCCUCACCAAGGACCAGACUUACCUCAAUGCUGCGUUGAAGGCAGUCGGACCCUAUAAGGUGCCAUCAGCACAGCACGGAGUCAAGGCUGUAUUUAUGAACAAAUAUGACUGGUAUGAGGAGUAUCCCACCUCACCUAGUUCCUUUGUCCUCAACGGCUUUAUCUACUCCCUGCUGGGACUCUACGAUUUGAGCGAGACAGCUGGUGAGAAGCUUGGCAAGGAGGCUGGACAGCUGUUCAGCCGCGGCAUGGAGUCACUGAAGGCCAUGCUGCCGCUCUUUGACACCGGGUCGGGAAGCAUCUAUGACCUGCGCCACUUCAUGUUGGGCACCGCGCCCAACUUGGCUCGCUGGGACUAUCACACCACACACAUUAACCAGCUACAGCUGCUGGCAUCAAUAGAUAACGCGCCCAUCUUCAAGGAUGUGGUGAAGCGCUGGAAAAGCUACUUAAAAGGGAAUCGUGCUAAGCACAACUAGACACACUUCAAGAUGCAGUGUGUGAAUUAAGGGUUGACUGAAAGUGAAGAGGAAGAUUAUAGUGCAUCUAUAUGCAUUGCAGUAUAGAGUGUGUGUUUUAAUCCCAAUGAUGUUUAAGUAGCCACAGCUUUCAAUAUUAGAAUGGGUGUGCUCUGUUACAGGUGUUGUAUUCUCUGCAGCACCAAUUGUAGCAAGCCUUUUUUUCGGGAGUUAGUGUUUGUAAUUAUGCACAGACUUGAUUUCUGUUUUUUUUUGUCUUCAGGAUCUGAUUUUAGUUCACUUAAAAUGAAAGAGAGCCGAUUUCAACAAUCAUUCACCAUUCUACUCAGAUGUAUUUUUUUACAUUUCAUCCUAGAUAUAAGUGUAAGUAACUCUAAAUAAAAAAAAAAAAAAUUAAUGUUUGGAAGAUUAAUUUGAUAAGAAGUCUUAUCACAUAGUUUGCAUUUGAAUUUCACACUCGAACAGCAAUGCAAAUAAGAUGCUUUUGAUAUGAACUGCUUUUCAGUAAUAUGGAGGCACCUCAGUUAACUUAAUAAAAUGCUGCAACAUAAACAAAGGUUAGACUUUAUCAUAAAAAUGAUUUGCAAGUAUAUGUACUAUGUUCGACCUCAAUGUAAGUUUGAAUCCUGAAUUAUUACUGGAAUCAACAUACUGUGGAGAGAAGCAUAUGUAAACUAGAUGAUCUAUUUUAGAGAUGGUAUCUUCUCAAUAUAAAUUAUUUUAUAGCCCUUUCAUUAAAGCUCACAGAUAACAAAAUUAGUUUGUUUUUUUUACAUCACACCAUCUUGUGAAGGAGCUGUAGAUGGGAGGCAACGUUAAUAUAAACACUGUAGCAUUUGCACUAUUGGCUAAAUGGAUGCAAACGGUCUUUUAUACCUGUCAAGAUGGGCAAUAACUGCCAUCCGUCCACUCAUUUUCUGUACCACUUAUCCUCAGUCAAGCCCAUUUUAGCAUGAUUUUGAAUAUGGGCAGAUUUCAGUCUGUUUUUCCACUUACAACUUACACUUAAGUGGAUGAAAUGCAGCUGUUGAAAGAAUCCUGAUUGAAGUCGCUGUCAAUAUUUUGUUAAUUUCAGUUAAUCAGGCCUUUGUAAUGAAAUACGUGGUAAAGACGACAGGUUUGCACAGCUUUUUCUAUGAAAGGGUUUUAGUGCCGUUCCAAUUUCCAUUUGAACACUACGGUUCUCUCAUCGCAACUCAUCAUUCCAAUUUGUGAAUUGAGCAGUGUAGUUGGGUCAAACAGUUUUGGAAUGUAUAUACAGUCCGCUCCAAAGGUAUUAGAACGGCAUGGUCAAGCCCUCUUGUUUUUGUUGUAUACUGAAGACAUUUGGGUUUUAGAUCAAAAGAUGAAUAUGAGACAAAAGUUCAAAAUUACAGCUUUUAUUUCAUGCUAUUUACAUCUCGAUGUUUUAAACAACCCAGGACAGAGCACCUUUUAUUUGAACCCACCCACUUUUCGAGUGUAAAAGUAUUACAACGUGACUAAUGGUUUUUUCUAGUUGCUUGGGUGUUGCCUUUUAGAUAGAUUGCUUAAACAUUAGAUAGUGCUUGUUUUUGGCUUUGGGUUUCACUUGUGAAAGCUACAUUUGCUGUUAAACAAACAUGAAGACCAGAGAGUUGUCUAUGGGAGAAAAGCAAACAAUUCUGUAGCUGAGAGAAGAGGGGAACUCGAUCAGAGGUAUUGCACAUACAUUGGGCAUAGCCAAUACAAUAAUUUGGAAUGGCCUGAAAAAGAGAAACUACUGGUGUACAUUUUUUAUUUUUUAUUUUAUUUAUUUAUUCCCCUCCCCCUGUUCGGUUGUUAGGUCAAGCAGAAAGGAAAAUCUGUAUCACUUUUGUGCUGGAACAGUUAAACUGUUUCACAGUGAGUGGACUUUUUAAGCUUCCACUGUGGUUUUGUUUGUAUUCUGAUGGAUAUUUAUUGAGAAUAACAGUCGUUCAAGUUUUUAAGGGGAAGUGACAGAAAAAAGACAGGAGAAAGAGUGAAACUGUAACUAAAUAAUAUAGGAAAAGAAGGCAACAAAAGACAAAGCAGGAGCUGUAAACAAGAUGAGGAAAGUAAACCAUUAUAUAACUAGUACAAUGACACAUUGGGUUCGAGUGUUGUAUGGGUAGCCUGUGAGGGAAGGUCAGGACAAGAAAGGGAAGGAGGGGAAGCAUGAAGGAGAGGGGUCCUGGACCCAGCUUUACAACUGAAGUGUGGUGGGAGUGGCUAUGUAAAUUGUAAACAUCAGUCGGAACAGAUUGUGAAGGGAUACCAAGAAAUUACCAUAGUUAUUUGUCGCAAUGAGUGAGUGGCCCCACACCCAGCCUAUAAGUCCCAAUUCUCUUGCAAGUGUCUGCAGACACUUGCAAGAGAAUUGCGUCCCGGUGGACGGACACCUACUACACCGAGGGAUCUAGGGUAGUCUACAGGCCCCACCGAUGGGCCCCGAAAACCGGCCCCCCAGAGGAGACCGCAGGGACCCAACGCCACCCCCCACAGGCUCACUAGUCUUUAUUGAUGAUGUAACUCAUGGUGGUAGCAGCAGAAUGAAUUCUGAAGUCUACAAAACCAUUUUGUCUGGCAAUCUACAGAAAAAUACAUCCAAACUAAUCAGGAGAAGCUUCAUCAUGGAACAAGACAAUGACCCAAAACACACUGCCAACACAACAAAGGACUUUAUCGGGGGGAAAAGUGGAAGGUCUUAGACUGUCCAAGUCAUUCACUGGACCGUAACCCAAUAAAGAAUGCAUUUUAUCUCCUAAAGUGGAGACUGAAGUGAGAAACCCCCAGAAUCAAACACGAACUGAAAGAGGCUAUAGUAAAGGCCUGUAAAAGCAUUUCAAAUGAAGAAUGCAACAGUCUGGUGCAGUCAGUGGGUCGCAGACUUGAUGAAGUUAUUGCAAGUAAGGGUUUUUGCUCACUUGAAAAGUGGGUGGCUUCAAACAAAAGGUGCUCUGUCCUGAGUUGUUUAACACAUCGAGAUGUAAAUACCAUGAAAUAAAAGCUGGAAUUUUGAACGUUGGUUUUUGUUGUAUACGGAAGACAUUUGGGUUUCAGAUCAAAAGAUGAAUAUGAGACAAAGGCAUUAACUUGCCGUUCCCAUACUUUUGGAGGGAACUGUAUAUAUUUUCUUUUCUUUUUUUUUUUUUUAAAUAAACAAUUCUUCAGAAGACUGAACCCUGAAGGGACUCAAUGACAGACUUAAACAGUUUUCCCUUCCCAGUGGGUUUUUGUUUUCCCUCAAUGCAUCAUGCAUCAAACACUGCACAUGCAACACAUUCAAACUCCACAAAAGCGAGGCCGGGUUUGAACCCAGGUCCUCAGAACUGUGAGGCAGAUGUGCUAACCAGUCGUGCACCGUGCCGCCCUUCAAAUUGACCUAAAAAUAAAUUCCUUAUGACUAUGAUCAGUGAUCAUCUAAAACGUUAUGUUUGGAAAAAGACAAGGGCAUUCAUAAUGGCAGAAGAACUUGAUAAAUUAUUAUUGCAGCAUUUUGCCAAUGAUAAUAAUAUCCCAAUACAGUGGCAAUGGGAUAAUCCAUUUAUGGGGUGGACUAUUACGAUAGCCAUCUCACUAAAGAUGUGAAAACUUGUAGAAACAGUGAGUUGCAGAUUAAGCAUCUACUGAUCUAUAUGUGAAUAUUGAUAAGUAAAAAAAUUUACGGGAAUACAAUAGACUUGUCACAAUAUUAUUACACUAACGGUGGUUUGUUGACAUUUUUCAGGAGCGAGGAAAACUUUCACCACAAAUAUGUUCUAAUAACACAUUCACAGUUAUCACUAUGAAUGUGUAUAUGUAAUGUAAAAGUGGCCGUACAUAGAGGACUGGCAAAGUAGGAUUUAAAGCUCCUCUUCGGGUUCAUCUCCCUUUUUCCACAAUAGAUAGUAAAGUAAAAUUACAUGUUUGCACAAAGAAAAUGAUUUUAAUAAAGCAUUGCCUUUACAUUGACGUCUGCAUAAUUCAAAGUUGGCAAAUUUACACACACAAUUUUGACCUUUGUGCAUCAGAUUCGGUUCAGCAAAAUGACUCCUUCGUCACUUCUUAACCCACAUUGUUUGAUUAAUUCAACUUAAUCCAAGGAUGUCAAUAUGUGGUUUAUUGAAAAGAAGUAAUGAUGAUUGGAUCCGUUUUUAACAAUUGUGUUUAUUUGAACAAAAUGAACUCGGCGGCGAGUUGCAGUGAAGCCAAAAUUAAAAACUUAAAACUGACUUGGAUAUUUAGAUAUAAAGUGUUGACAAUAAACGGAGACGGUAAUCUUAGUGAGUUUGCAACUGCAUAUGUGUGAAAGAUAUAAUGCGAUUUGUUUUAUUAUUGCUUUAUUGAUGUUUUGUCCUCAAUAUUUGAUGAUUAGGUAAUGUAUGAUAUUACUUUCUUUUUUUUUCCAAAAUUCUACAUCUUUGAAAGAGAUGUGGUCCUUUUUACGCUACUAGGCAUAAUUCUGAACCCAAUUUGUGAGUUAUGGACAUACUUGGACUGGAGGUUAAGUAGUGCAAGUUUCCUGUCAUAUUUGUGCACUACACCAUUCUAUAAUUUUUCUAGUUACACAGUUUGCUACAUGAAACUUAAAUCUCGUUUUAUUCUCCAACAGCUACUAGUACUUGGUUAUUUUUUUUAGUAUUUUUUCCCAUGGACUCAGUUCUUCUUAUUAUUACAGUAGCUCGAAAAUUCUGUUUUGUUUAUACCAAAGUAGCAUAGUAAAGAAUACUUCAAUGUGUAUAUUUUGGUACAAGGCUAAGCAUUUCAUGAACUUCAGUCAUCUUGGAAUAUAAAUCCAUGUGACUGUGCCUUUGAACUCCAAAUGGUUAAGCAGAUUCUAGUCAAACUUGCUUGUUGUUAUUAGUGCUAUUGUUUUUAACAGAAAUGGACAGAUAUCGGUGUUUUUAUUUUUCAUUUCCAUUUAAAGGUGGGUGUGUGUCGGCUCUGUUUUUCUCCACUAUGUUUAGAGUAAUUUUCAGAAAUGUUCAAUGUUUUGCUAUUUAGACAAAAGCACAAUUUUUAUUUAAGAUAAGAUACUUUUAAAUAUAUAUUUAAAUAUAUAUAUAUAUUUAAAUAUAUAUAUAUAUUUAAAUAUGUAAUGUGUGUGUAUUGGCUUCACUUUUUCUUUCUCAGAUAGUUGCCCCACCUGCAUUAAGAAAGCUGCUAUUAUUGUUCAAUGUGUAAUGACUAUACAACUUUAUUUUCCCUCAUUUCAGUGAAAUCCCCCCCGCCCCCCCACACACAUACAAUCUGCGCACAUAAUGGCCACUGAGUCAAUAUAAUUCAUGCAAUUAAAUGUUUACUUCGGUUGUGUCACCACGGGAGACGAAGAGUGGUUGUACAGACUUUCCAGUCUAAGCACAAUGUGCAAAUGCUACCAUUUUUUUAGUUCCGUAAAUAGAGGUGUUUAUACACAAAGUAAAACUUUGUGCUAGCUUUUUAAAAAUGUCAAAGGAAAAAAAGAAAUAAAGGCAUUUUCUUAAUCUCCUUUUGUGGCGGCUGAAAUAAUUUAGUAUUUUUAAGA